AUGUUUGGUUUGAAAAGCCGGCAAAAGCCUCAGCCCGUCCAGGAACCAGAAUGGGAUGCAAAGACUGUGACAAUAGCACAACAACCAACAAGUACCGAAGCUAUGAGUGCUGUAGAACGUGUUGAUGCAGAACAGGCCCAAGAUAAUCCUGAGGGCAUGAAGCUUCGUGGAGGAGGAGCAUUAGACAUAUGCUUUGGAGUGUUAGUACUGUUUGAAAUGCAAAAAGCCGAGAAUGUCCAAAAAGCUUACUCGGUUUUCUUCUUAGAUGUUGCGGACUAG